AUGCGCGAUCUAUCUGUACAGAUCCAUGGGCUGGGUGGAGGCUCGAGGAAGACAUGGAGCUAUUCGUUCGAUCCGGGAAUGUUCUGGCCCAAAGAAUGGCUACCGGACGAGGUUGGGUUCAAGCACGUUCGCAUUCACAGUUAUGGAUAUAACUCAGACUGGACCACGAGAAAGGAGAGUCCCCUGACUGUCCACGAUUUCGGACAGGCCUUGCUGGCUGACAUCCACAAUUCUCCCUACCUCCGGAAGAAUGGUGAUAAUCCAAUUGUGCUCGUUGCUCAUAGCAUGGGUGGUCUGGUUGCGAAGAAGGCAAGCACACCACAUCGGGGGGCCGAUUUGGCCUCGCUUGCCAAGCUGAUGAGACAGUCUGCAGCUCUUGGGACAAAGGCUUUUCUUGGUGACCUCGUACCAGGCUGCGGCACUCUUGGCCAAAUUAAUGACGAAUUUCGGCAUGUUUGCGAUAAACUUCACCUUUGGUCGUUUACUGAGAGUAAACCGACAAACUUCGGCCUUACAGCCUCCCUGGUGGUGGAAAAGGAGUCCGCAGUUAUGGGGUUGCCCAAGGAACAUGUACAAUAUAUUGAAGCCGAUCAUCGUCAUAUCUGCAAGUUCGACUCACCAGAGAACCCGAACUAUAUCAUACUCCGAAGAGCCUUCCAGACAACAAUUGAGGACAUAGAGGCCAACAGCUCUCUUGACAUAUUGGACGAAUACCGAUUACAGAUGAAGACAAUCGCUUCGCUCCUGCGUAUCAGGCAGCGGACAGAUGCAAUCCUUCUGGCUACAAACGCAAAGCAACAUACGGGAACCUGUCAAUGGUUGACAGAAUGCCACAGAUUUCAGGAAUGGGUUGACAAUACAGUUGAUGAUCGGGAGGAUACUGAUCCACUAGAAGCAAUUUUAGAGCAUCCAGAGCCGAAGAUUCUAUGGCUCAGCGGCCGACCUGGAACAGGUAAAACGGUAGCUGCUGGCCAUGUUAUCCGCUACCUACGGACGUACAACCUCGAUUGCAGCUUCUAUUUCUUUGAACACAAGGACAAGACAAACGGAACAGUUGCCGCAUUUCUACGGUCUAUUGCCUUCCAAAUGGCGGAAUCCAGUUUUGAGAUCCGCCGCGCCAUUGCGUCGAUGGCAGAAGACGAUAUCAGAGUUAGUCACGACGACCACCAUCUGCUUUGGACAAGUCUCUUCGUCGAUUGCAUCUUUAGGGCGCAAAUCACAAGGCCUCAAUAUUGGGUGAUAGAUGCAGUCGAUGAAUGUUCGACUAAAGGCAUACCAGCUCUCAUCUCAAUGCUGUCAACCUUAGAAUCCCGAAGUCCGAUUCGCAUUUUCAUGACCAGUUUGCCCGGAGGACAGAUAGAACGGCUUUUUGCGCUCGAACGGACUCAAUAUUCCCAGAUUUCUACCGGCGAGGAGGGAUCUCUGAAGGACAUCGAAAUUUUUGCUAAAGCCAGAUGUCCUAGGGAUAGCGAUGUUGGGCCCUAUCAGGACUUGGCUAGCGAUGUCAUUUCCAAGUCUAACGGCAUAUUUCUCUGGGCCUCCCUGACGGUGGCUAAGCUAGAAGAUGCAUAUAGCGUUGAGGAUAAGCAAGAUGUCCUCCUCCAAAUACCCCUCGAAAUGGACAUGUUUUACUCCCGCAUCAUCGCCUCGAUUGACAAGUCGCCAAGCUCUGAACUUGCAAAAUGUAUUCUCAAAUGGACAAUCUGCUCACCCAACCCACUCCACAUUAAAGAGCUCACAGAGGCCGUCAGGCUAGACAUUGGUCGCACAUUGAUGGCAUCGGCAAAACAGCUUGAGACAUUGACUGGGCAUCUCCUGUUUGUUGAUGACGACUCCCGGAUCCACAUUGCGCAUCAGACAGCGUCGGCAUUUUUGACCCAGCAGAGGGAUGUCUUCUGGAUUGAUCGAACAAAAGCGCAUUCUCAGAUUGCGGAAGUUUGUCUCGAUGUUCUUUGCUCCUCCAAUCUUGUUCCGCCCAAUGUAUCUCGAAGGGGCACGACUACAGGAGGGACUGGAAAUGUUCACAUGCCACUUUUAGACUAUGCGACGUAUAACUUCUCGUAUCAUAUUGUGCACAGUUCAUCGUCUGCUAAAGCCCCUCUCACUUUGCUUAGCAAGUUCCUCAAAUCUAAUGUCCUGACAUGGAUCGAGAGGAUUGCUAAGACUGGCAGUCUGGAGGACCUUCAGCUCACAGCGCAACGGUUAAAGGCGUACCUAGGUCGACGAGCAAAAUAUGAGCCAGUCAGCAUGGAAAUACAGACUGUUGCUGCAUGGGCUGCCGAUAUGUACCGGAUCUCUGGGGCUUUUCAUUCCAGCUUGCUCAGGUCGCCGUCCUCUAUAUACUCUCUCAUCCCUCAUUUUUGCCCACCAAAGUCAAUUAUUAGGCAGCUUUUUGCCAAGCCAACAGUACGACUAAAGAUUGUGGGUCGGAUAGAAGACGACUGGAAUGACAGGUUAGCGUGUUACCUGUUUCCAAAAGAGGCAUCAGCCGUUGCCAGCAGUUUUCGUCUCCUUGCAGUUGGCCUUGCGAACGGCGACAUCCGGACGUACUACAUAUCUGGAUCUGGCACGUUCGAUGCUGCAGUUACACUGUCUCAUGGGAAAAGGAUCAGGCAAUUAGCAUUCAACCGAUCAUCGUCACUCCUCGCUUCUUGUAGCGCCAGGAAGCUGAUGGUAUGGGAUGUUCACGAGUCUCGCAGCCCAUCAUUUACAUGUCUCUGGUCGCAGGACAUUGAUUUCACCUCGUCCUGCAUAGUUUUUCAUCCGGACGGGAGUUCAAUACUUCUUGCAGACCACGAUCAGAGUAAAAUUGUCUCCUUUCAAGCUGCAGACGGCCUCAAACAAGAGUCUGUCCUCCUUCACUCAUCAUAUGACUCGGACUCCUCCGACGACAGUGAGGAAUAUGUGUCUUCGUGGACGCCAUCGCAACAGAUACGAUUUGAUCCUAGCCACAGGCUGGCUGCACUGGCUUAUCGAAACGCGUCCGUCUCGCUCUGGGAUCUGAACCAUGUUGAAAACAUUGGCACUUUUGAGAAGGCAGGCUUCGAAGAUGUCUAUGUCAUGCCACAAACUCUCGACAUGAUUUUCAACCCAGUCCCCGAGCUCGAACUCUUCGCCGUUACAUACAUGGACGGUGACAUUGUAACGUGCAAUCCAUGGACAUUGGAGCAGAAGAAUAAAUUUCACCUGCAAGGGAUGUUGGUUGCUCUGGCUGCCACAACAGAUGGACGGGUGUUGGCGGGGGCAACAGAGGAUGGAGGCAUCUACCUUUUCCUCUUCGAGACACUGCAACCCGUGUACCAGAUUAGCCGACCUAUUGACCAGCUUCAGGUCCAUGGUAUCUCAUUCUCGGCAGAUAAUCUCAGACUGUUUGACAUUCGGGGACAGUGCUGCAAUAUAUGGGAGCCCCCAGUCCUCGUCCGGAGGGAUGAGUUAGAUGACACUCCAUCGGAAUCUCAUAGCGAGGUUGUCAGCCUUCCACGGCCCCCAGCCUCUCAUCCACAUGUUUUUCAGUGGGGAGAAGCAAUUACUGCCAUUGAAGAUUCCACUAACGGUAGUUUCUUAUUCGCGGGGCGGCAGGAUGGCAGUAUCGAUAUACGUGAGUCAAACUCGGGCGACCUCAUCGAUAAACUGAUGUUGCAUGACACAUUCGCCGAAGUCGAGUUCAUAGACUGGAACGAGAAAAACAGUUGUAUGCUCAGUGUGGAUAUCACUGGCCGCUGUGUUGUCACGCGAUUGCCGUCUAUUCGAAAAGGCACUAGGGUGCAGAGCACUUGUUUGCUAGAUCACCGCGAAUGGGCAUCUGUGCGACAGGCAUUUAUUGACCCAAACGCCGAAUCAAUAUUUAUUCGCACCGAGUCGAGCGUUAAAAUCAUAGACCUGAGUGGUUCCACGGUGGCGGAUUUGACGAGCCUUUCUGGGAGCUGGUGGGCGACACACCCGUCCAGCAACCAUCACCUCAUCGCCAUUUGUGACAGUAAACUCCACCUCUUCGAAUGGCGUUCUCUAAAGAGGUUGUUACAGACGGAUGGAGUGAGCCUUCUACCUCCUGAACUCGACAUGCAGAAAGCAAGCCAUCAGUGGGUAGGCGGUUCCAGUUCAAGCUAUCUAGUUCAGGGAGUCCUCGGGUCGAAGGCCCGAACAGGCCACCUUGUUGCAUUCGAAACUUCAAACAUCACUCCCGAAACCACAGGAGUGUCGCUCCAGAUACUCAAAUAUGACUCGUUGAACAUUCAGUACCUGCUGGGCUGCUUGAGGUCCAGCCUGUACUUUCUCGAUACGAGUGGAUGGAUUUGCUCGAUUAAACUGAAAAACAUGAGCAAGGCCACUCGAUAUACGCGCCACUUCUUCAUCCCGCACACCUGGCGUACUGGAGCUGACGUGAUCAAGAUCAUCUCAAAAACGGCAGUGGCAUUUGGACAAGGGGAGUGGCUGAUUAUCUUCCAAGGGUUCCUGGACUUAGACGAGAAGGUACCGCUUUAA